AUGCCAGAUACGUUAUCCGCAUCUGUUGGUUUUGGGGACCAGCCUCGCCAGCUAGAGACCUCAAAUAUUGUGGAUAAAGGUGCGGCGGGACAAAUCCAGGUGUUCCGGGUGAGGCCAGAGAACGUGCAGGUGAGAGCUGGCGACGACGUCUUCCUCAAGUGUGUGGUGGAGAACCAGCAAGGCAAGGCCCAGUGGACCAAGGAUGGCUUCGCUCUAGGGUUCGAACGCGGGGUCCCCGGCUACCCUCGCUACCAGUACGCCGGGGACGCCAGCGCCGGGGAGCACCACCUGGUAAUCAAGGGCAUCACCCUGGAAGAUGACGGAGAGUACCAGUGCCAGGUGGGACCCACCACCUCCAGCCUCCCUAUCUGGGCCGCCGCUAACGUCACCGUCAUGGUGCCACCUAGUAGCAUCGUUAUGCUGGGGAGGAGCGAGGGGGAGAUAGUGGAGGUCAAGGCUGGGGAAAGACUGCAGCUGGAGUGCCUAGUGUCGGAUGCCAGGCCGGUGCCUAACGUCACCUGGCACCGUGACGACCACAGGAUAGAACCCAAGCUGCAGACGGACGUGGUGCAGCCCUCGGCGACCAGGCGGAGGCUUUUGAGCGUCGUCAGCAGAUUGGUGCUGACGGCGACGGAGGAGGACGACGGGGAAGAGCUCUCCUGCAGGACCCAACACCCCGCCCUGAAGGACCCCGCCGCCCCGGCGCAGCCACUGACCGCUUCCGUCACCCUCUCCGUCCUCCACCCGCCGGGUAAACCGGUUAUCCAUGGAUACAAGACAGGCGAAGUGCUGAGGGCGGGGGAGCGUCGAACCCUUACCUGUCGGGUCCUGGGCGGCAACCCUCGGCCCUGGGUGACCUGGUACUGGCACGGCCUGCCCCUCAACCACACGGCCAAGAGCAAGUCCAGGAAGAGCGUGUACCUCAAGGCCAAGGCCACCAGCAGGAAGGGCAAGAAGACCCGCGGGGUCAGCGUCACGCAGCAGGUGACGGCGUCGCGGACGGAAGACGGCGCGGUGUAUGAGUGUCGCGUCUCCAGCGACCUCCUCCAGCGACCUCUCACCACCAAUGUCACCCUCACCGUGCACUAUGCGCCUGCGCAGGUCAGGGUGAGCGGGUCGACGGUUGUGGCCGCGGGGGAAGAGUUCUCCCUCACCUGUGUCUCCUCUCCCGCCAACCCCCCGGCCUCCAUCACCUGGCUCGUGGACGGCGCCCAGGUUAACACGACGACGACGAGAGAGAGCAAGGACGAGGGCGGAGGGUGGGUGACCACGUCGCUGCUGACGCAGGAGGCGGCGAGGUCAGGCCAGGUGAGAGAGAUGGUGGUCACGUGUCAAGCCCACCACCUGGAGGCUGGGGAAGCCAUCUCCCACACCCGCAGCAUCACUGUCAUCCGGGCUCCAGGGGCACCGGUGAUAGAGGUGCAGGCCAGGGGUCAGGUGGUGGCAGGGACGAACCUGGACGUCUCCUGCACCAGCAAGGGAGGUCAUCCGCCACCUCAGUUCAGGAUAUACAAGGGCGGGGACCAGGAGCUGGAGACAGAGACCCAGACCAGCGGGAACACGAGCCGCGCCCGUGCCUCCUUCAGGGCAGCACCAGCCGACAAUGGCGCCCAUCUGACCUGCGCGGUGACCAACCCGGCCUUGGCCACGCCACUUGUCGUUAAUACCACCCUCAGCUUGCUGUUCGCGCCGUGGGAGGUGCGUGGGACGGCCAGCCCACAGAGCGUGGAGGCGGGCCAAGUGGUCAAGUUGACCUGUGAGACCUCGGCCAGUGUGCCAGCCUCCAGCGUCACCUGGCACUCCCGGGCACACCUGCUGGGGGACCCCUACGUCAGACACUCUCUUGGGCUCUUCGGCGGCACCGUCACCAGGUCAGAGGUCAAGAUAAGAACAGAGGCGGAAGACAAUGGGCAAGAGGUCACCUGCAGGGCUGAGAAUGGUCUGGGCAUCUCCGUCACCGGCAACAUCACCCUCGAGGUCCUCCACGGGCCGGUGUGGAUCAGGGUACCGUCAGGGACACUCAACGUUCUGGAGGGGAAGGAGGAGACCCUUACCGCUGCAGCCAUGGCCAACCCUGGACCCAUCACGUACAGCUGGUGGCGCGGUAACGAUGAGGUGGGCGGGGUGGAGAGCAGGGGCGGAGAGCUUCGGAUGGGCGUCCUGAGUCGCCGACACGCCCACAACUACACCGUCACCGCCCGGAGCCCCAAGGGAGCCCUCACCUCCGCUUUCUUCCUCAACGUACAAUACGGGCCUGAAGGUGUGGUGACGGAGGAGAGAGUCACCAUUGAGCAAGGAGGUUCUGCCAGCAUCCUCUGCUCGGCUGGUGGCAACCCCACGCCCAACAUUACCUGGACCAGAGACGCUGACAACACCAGUGCGCCACUGGUGAUGUCCUCUGGCGUGGGGGAGGCGCGUCUGGUGGUGGAGCGAGCCUCCAGGACUGACAGCAGUGUUUACCUGUGCCACGCCUCCAGCAGCGUCGCCUCCGCGCCUCCAGCCUCCUCCACACUCAUAGUCCAGCAGGCACCGUGGUGGCCGAGCCCAAGUUCAGAGGAGGGGGUGGGCGGGUCGUGGGCGGCGCUGGGCGGCCGUGGGCGGCUGGAGUGUCGUAUGAGGGCGGCACCUGAACCCACCUUCCACUGGGCCACCCAGGAUGGACGGGACGUGCAAGCUGGUCACAAAUAUACGUUACAAGACGUCCAGCUGUCUGAUGGAGUUGUGGAGUGGACGUCAGUGGUGGAGAUACGGGAGGUGGCGCCCGGGGACUACGGCCGGUAUGUGUGCAGUGCUGUCAACGCCCUGGGCAAGCAUUCUGUUCCCUUGGUGCUCAGCCCCCCCGUCCCGCCCGCUACGCCUUCACACCUCACGGUAAGUAUCCAACAACUUUUAUACACAAACAGUAUACUUUAUACGUGUGAAUUUACAAAUGCCGUUUAGGGAUGUUGGGGGGCUUAAGCCCUGUGAGUGAAAUGCAUCUCCUGUUUUCUAUCCAAAUUUUUU